AUGGCUUUAGAAGCCACAAUGCUGCAAGAAAAUAUGGCUGUCGAAGCCAACAACUGUGAAAAUGGCAAAUUAUUGCCAAUGACUCAAAAAUUGGACUGCAUCUAUGAUGAAGAACCAUUAGGAUUUGAGAAAGAUCCUUCCAGUUCCAAUCAAAAGAUGCAGGCCCAAGAUCCUUUGGAAGAAAUAGAUAUUGGAGAUGGCUCUAUCAAAAGGCCAACGUACAUAAGUGCCAAUAUCCCAAAGGACUUGCGUGAUAAACUGGUCGAACUCCUUAAAGAGUUCAAAGAUUGUUUUGCUUGGGAUUACAAUGAAAUGCCAGGUCUAGACAGAAAUUUGGUCGAACAUAGAUUACCCAUUCGACCAGACAAGAAACCAGUUAAACAAUCACCAAGAAGAUUUGCACCAGAAAUCCUAUCUAAGAUCAAGGAGGAAAUUGAAAGGCUGCUGAGAAGCAAGUUCAUCCGGACUGCCAGGUAUGUCGAAUGGUUAGCAAAUAUAGUUCCUGUCAUUAAGAAAAAUGGUUCUCUUAGAAUAUGUAUAGAUUUUAGGGACUUAAAUAAUGCUACCCCUAAAGAUGAAUAUUCGAUGCCUGUAGCAGAAAUGUUAAUAGAUUCAGCAGCAGGUUUCGAAUAUCUUAGCAUGUUAGAUGGGUAUUCUGGAUAUAACCAAAUUUUUAUCGCUGAGGAAGAUGUGGCAAAAACAGCUUUUCGAUGCCCAGGGGCUUUGGGAGAUUUCCUUGGGUUUGUAGUGCAUAAAAAAGGCAUUGAGAUAAACCAAAACAAGACAAAAGCGAUUUUGGAGACUAACCCUCCAACAAACAAGAAGCAACUUCAAUCCUUGUUAGGAAAGAUCAACUUUCUGAGAAGAUUCAUUUCGAAUCUAAGUGGUAAAGCUCAAGCUUUUUCACCAUUGCUUCGACUCAAGAAAGAGGAUAUUUUUACUUGGGGGCAGGAUCAGCAAGAAGCAUUCGAUGCAAUCAAAAGAUACUUGUCUAAUCCUCCAACUCUGAUGCCACCAAUUAGAAAUAAGUUUAUGAAGUUGUAUAUUUCAGCAUCUGAUACCACAUUAGGUAGUAUGUUAGCCCAAGAGGACGAAAAUGGCGAAGAAAAGGCCAUUUAUUAUCUAAGUAGAGUCCUUAAUGAUGUUGAAACUAGAUAUAGUAGUAUUGAAAAGCUUUGUCUUUGUUUAUACUUUUGUUGUAUGAAAUUGAAGCAUUAUAUAAAGCCUAUUGAUGUUUAUGUUUAUUCUCAUUAUGAUGUUGUUAAACAUAUGUUGCUAAAACCAAUUUUACAUAGUCGAAUUGGGCGAUGGGCCUUGGCUCUUUCUGAAUAUUCACUUUCAUACAAACCUUUGAAAGUAAUUAAAGGCCAAAUAGUGGCUGACUUUAUUGUUGAUCAUUCAGCAAUCGAAUCACCUCAAAAUUACAUUGCUCUAGAACCAUGGAUUUUGUAUUUUGAUGGGUCUAAACAUCAACAUGGUACUGGAAUAAGUAUUUUGCUAAUUUCCCCACAAAAAAUUCCUACUAAGUUCAAAUACAGGAUUAAUGGUAUUUGUUCGAACAAUGAAGCUGAAUAUGAGGCUUUGAUAGCAGGAUUAGAAAUAUUAUUAAGCCUGGGGGCAAAAGACAUUAAAAUAAAAGGUGAUUCAGAACUAGUUUUGAAACAACUGACAAAAGAAUACAAAUGUAUCAAAGAGCAUUUGAUUCGUUAUUUUGUCAUAGCAAAUGCGUUACUAAAACGUUUCGAUUCGAUUGACAUAGAACAUGUUCCUCGAAUAGAAAAUCAAGAAGCAAAUGACCUAGCCCAGAUUGCUUCAGGAUACAAAGUGUCCAAAGAAAAGCUAGAACAAUUAAUAGAAAUCAAAGAAAAAUUGAUUUCUAAUGAGCCAAUGCAAUUGGAAUUGUCAAUGCCAAAACUUGUGGGGGCAGAGAUGUCACCAAAUGACAUAAAUAGCACUGACAAAGAAAUGAAUUAUGACGAAUUCCAAAUUUUUGUCAUUGACAAUUUAGUAGAUGGUGAUUGGAGAAAACCAAUUGUAGAAUAUUUGGAAAAUCCAAUCGGGAGUGCUCCUCGAAAGAUCAAAUAUAGGGCAUCAAAUUAUGUGAUCAUUGGUAAUGAAUUGUUUAAAAAGACCCUCGAAGGAGUACUGUUGAAAUGCCUUAGUGAGAAUGAGGCCUACAUAGCAAUAUCUGAUGUUCAUAGUGGGGCUUGCGGUUCUCACCAAUCCGGCCAUAAGAUGAAAUGGCUUUUAAUUCGACAAGGCAUGUACUGGCCAUCUAUGUUAAAAGAUUGCAUAGAUUUUGCUAAAGGUUGUCAAGAAUGUCAAAAACAUGCAGGAAUCCAACAUGUACCUGCAAGUGAAUUACAUUCGAUAAUAAAACCUUGGCCAUUUAGAGGUUGGGCAUUGGAUUUAAUUGGUGAAAUAAAACCAACAUCGUUUGGAAUUCCUGAAACCAUCACAACUGAUCAAGGUUCAGUGUUUACUGGUCGAAAGAUGCAAGAAUUCGCCAGGCAAACAGGGUUUAAACUUUUGACUUCGACACCUUAUUAUGCACAAGCAAAUGGUCAAGUAGAAGCUGCCAAUAAAAUUAUUAUUGGAUUAAUCAGAAAACAUAUUGCUCAAAAGCCAAGAAAUUGGAACAAGACUUUAAAUCAAGUCUUAUGGGCAUGUAGAAAUUCCCCUAAAGAAUCAACAAAUUCUACUCCAUUUCGAUUAACAUAUGGUCAUGAUGCCGUGUUACCAGUGGAAAUUUAUUUGCAAUCUAUCAGAAUUCAAAGGCAAAUGGAGAUACCAACUGAUCACUAUUGGAGUAUGAUGUUUGAUGAAUUGGUUGAUUUAGACGAAGAAAGGCUAAGAGCGCUUGAUACUUUAAGUAGACAAAAAGAAAGAGUAGCAAAGGCCUAUAAUAAGAAGGUUAAAUCAAAAACCUUUGAAGUGGGGAAUUUAGUUUGGAAAGUUAUUUUGCCUAUGGACAAAAAAGAUAGAAUGUUAGGCAAAUGGUCUCCAAAUUGGGAAGGACCUUUUAAAAUAAUACAAGUAUUUUCGAAUGGUGCAUAUGAAAUAGAAGAAUUGACUUCAGAAAAGCGAACAUUGAAUAUAAAUGGUAAGUAUUUGAAAAAAUAUAAACCAACGCUUUUAGAAGUUAAUAUUAGCACAGAAUAA